GAGGGACACCACGGAGGGGGAGAGGUGGCGGGGGCCCGGCGUCACAUGGCCGUGCAGAGGCUGGUGGCAGCGGCGGUGGCUGUGGCCCUGCUGUCUCUGGUCCUAAACAAUGUUGCAGCGUUCACGCCCAGCUGGGUCCUGCAGGCUCUGGACGACGGGCGCAAGCGCAGCGUGGGGCUCUGGAAGAUGUGCCCCGCCGGAGGGGAAAAGGGCCGCGAAGACCUCCAGGCUGCACGAAGGGUCCAAGGCACGCAGAGGCCCUGUCAAAGCCUGGAAUGGGGCUCUGACCACGCAGGAUACCAAGAAUCCCGCAGCACUGUCAAAUUGCAGUUUAACAUGAUGCGAGCCUGUAACCUGAUGGCGACCGUGGCCCUGACUGCUGGCCAGCUGAUCUUCCUGCUGGGCCUGAUGGAGCUGCCGUUCAUCACGCAGGAAUCUCAGUGGUGGGAGGAGGCCAUCGCUGCACUCUUCCAGCUCGCCAGCUUCGUGCUGGUGAUCGGACUUGUGACCUUCUACAGGAUCGGACCCUACACGCAUCUGUCCUACUCCUGCUACUUGGACAUCGCCGCCUGCCUGCUCGCCACGCUGGCCGCAGCCAUGCUCAUAUGGAACAUUCUACACCGCCGCGACGACUGCCUUGCCCCCAGAGUCAUAAUCAUCAGCCGCUCGCUCGCGUCUCCGUUCCAAACGCGGCUGGACAACGACUACGUGGAAUCCCCUUGUUGAGCAGAAUACGAAGAAAAGACGACGGCGACAAGACUGCAAGUUAAACUCCAGCGAGAUGCCACCAAAAUGACUCUCAGGAGAAGAACACACCCCGGGGACACGUGCCUGCAAACCUAUUAAUUACUCAAACUCACCGCUCUAUCAGUGAGGACAAAGACAUAUUUUGCUGCUUUAUGCACAUAACAUAUAUUUUGCAAAAAAAAAAAAAAGGCGACUAGAUCGGUCUAAAGUUCCA